AAUCACUACUUCUCACAAGAAGUGCUUUUUUGAUGAAUUGACCAAAAAGAGAGUCUUAGAGACAACGCAUAUAUGAAUUACAAGUGAUAAUAAUGUGAAAAGCGUUUAAUUGUUUUAAAAUUAAGACAUUAGACCAUUAUUUUGCAUAAAAUUUUGCAUCGUUUCAAACAAUUCACUCCAACUGAAGGACUUAUUGAAAUGUUACCAAAACUCGUAAUUUGGUUUAUAUAUUGUGUGUCACUUAUAAGUUGUCAAUCACUUAAUCCAACACUUCUAACGUUAAAUGCGGGAAAUUGAUUUCAUUGACGGCAACAUCACAGCCCGCGCUCCCUAUCCGGACCUUAACAUUAAAAUCAGACGAAACGGACAGUUCGUGGACACAGCCCUCAAUGUACAGCCGGGAACUCCCCUCGAAAUGAUUGUCUAUUUGGACGACGAGUCCCGACAUGUUUACGGACUUUUAGUCAGUUUUCUCAAAGUGACCGCAAUUUCAAACAAUAAUAACAAUACCCAAGAAGAAGUGAUUAUUCUCAAUGGGUGUUCAAUAGAUCCCUAUAUAUUUGGCAACUUUGAGACUCUGGACGGCGGAGACUCUCUGUCUGCGAAGUUUAGGGCAUUUAAAUUUCCUGAAUCUAAU